AUGGUGCCGCAGCACUCGAAUCUCAUCCGGACGGAUCAGGUGCAGAAGCUACCUCAUCUCAACGAUCAGCAGAAAGUCCAGCACACCCAGAUAGUUCGUAACUUCUGGGAAAUUCUCAAUAGUCGCGAUGCGCAGACUCCUGAGUACCAGCAAGCUCACACAAGGCUAUCACAGCUUUCACAAUCUUUGAUGAAAGGCAUGCGGAUGUACCAACAGAAUCGACAGCUACAGCAUCAGCAAAUGCAGGCUGCCUCCGCAGCGCAGGGCCAGCCAGUUCAAAGAUCGCAGUCCGUCAACCCACAAAACUUCGCUCAGCUUCUCCCCCAAUUUCAACAGAAGGUCAACUCGUUACAGCUCUUCCUCCCUCCCAACAUCUCAAGCGAACAAGCGGGGACAUGGCUUCCGGAGGCCAAGCUCCGGUACGGCAUCGCGCUUCAAAAGCAGGAAAUCGGACGAGCACGCUUGAGUGAAUUACGCCAACAACAUAGUCAGCGCCAAAUUGCAGGGAAUUUAACGCAGGAAGAAAUGCAAGAAUUCAAGAAUCGUCAAGUUCAGGCCGAGAAACUUUUCCGCGAAGGCAGCGAAUUUCUGACGAAAUUCAAGGAACAACAAGACGUGUUCAAAGCACAACAACAAAGGGCAGGCACACAGCACCCAGGCCAACAACUUCCACCGCAAGGCGGCGCUAGACCGGCAACAACAGCCUCUACGGCUUCAGCAGGACCAACAGCCGCUCCGACGGCAGCUCUUUCCGGACCCACGCCGGCAGCGCAUACGAUUAAUUCUGCUGUGAGUGCUGCACGAAAUCAAGCAGCGCAAGCAGCAAUUUCCCCAACUCCGCAACCGGGCCAAGCGCCACCUAACCAGGGUGUCACCCCUGCACCUGCCAUUGCUGGCACGCCACAACAACCACAACCUUUACAGCCGCAAAUGCAAGCUCAACAGAAUGCCCCAGUAUUUAACCAAGUGUCUGCACCAGAUGGCUCUACUCCCACAGCUUCCACCACGCCGGCUGCGAAUGUACAAGGACCACCACGGCCUUUGUCUCAACAGGCCGCUAUGGCGCAAGCUGCACAAAACUACUCCAAUAACACCAACGUGAACAGUGUCAACAAUACCAACGCUGUUCAGCAACAGAAUAUAAACCAGCCCUCCGUAAAUAGCCAUGCUCAUCCGCAGGGCUACAUCCAGAAUCGAUCAACUGAAAACUCAGCACGGAACGUCAAUAUGGUGAUUCCAAAAAAUCUCAACGUUUCCCCGACAAAGCCAGUCUCCAUGGCUCCAGACCGGCCAACUCUGUCUAGUGGUCCCAGCCACGGCGCUAUGGGCAUGAUGGGCCAGCCCGCUAUACAGAAACAUCCCGGUUAUGUCCUUGAAGGUGAAGGUCAGCGCGUUCUCAGCAAAAAGAUGCUUGAUGUUCUAGUUCGCCAAGUAACAGGUGGAGGUGAUGGUGAAGGACUUACCCCUGAUGCUGAAGAGUUUAUGCUUCAAAUGGCCGAUGAUUUCGUGGAUGAUGUGAUUACUGCUGCAUGUCGCCUCGCCAAGCUCCGCCAUUCAUCCAGCCUUGAGAUUCGAGAUCUGCAGCUCGUUCUAGAAAGAAACUACAACAUGCGUAUUUCAGGUUUCUCCACUGAUGACCUCCGCACUGUCAAAAAGCCGCAACCUACGCAAGGCUGGACGCAAAAGAUGUCGGCCGUUCAAGCUGCGAAGGUGACCCAGGGCAAGGCAGAAUAA